AGAAGGCGUGUGUGAGAGCCCUAACAUGACUGACAUGACUAGUAUUAAUCAGGAUUAAUUAUAAUGGCCAACGCAAACGAUGUGUUUGGUUUUGAACUUUUUCAAAAACUGUAUCAUAAUGAUAUCAAUAGAAAAGAAGACGUGAUAAUUUUAUUUGUGCAUUGGUAUUUGACAAAGUUUGGAUUUAGAUGCAUCGGCAUCGGAGAAAAGACAGAGUUGAAUGCAUUGGAAAAAGGAUCUGAAUUAUUUCCACCAGGAUGGAAUUCAUAUCCCAAUUAUACAUUACGUUAUGUAAAAAAUGAAAAAUUAUAUGUACUUCUUGGAGUCAAAUCAGAUAUGGAUUUAUUAUUGAACAUGAUGAGGCAUCACGAUAAUUCAGUUUCUACUAUUCAGUUACCUAUCAAUGAAACUGUAUCUGCAUUACAUGGGCCUUUAGAGAUUAUAAUACCACUUUAUCAAACAGUUUUACAGAAUAUAUAUCAAGAUUUUAUAAAAUCCACAUGUGAUUCUAAUGAAGCAGCGACUCAAACAACUGUACAAAAUAAUGAAUGUUCUUCCGAAACAAACAAGAUUCCAACACAGGAUAAUCAUCCAUUGAGAGAACCCAGUCAUUGGCCAUCUAAUCGACCUGAGUAUGAUCCUAUGAGAGUAGGUGUUAGAGACCUUGAUCCAUUUAGAGAAGGCGGUGGUAUGAUAUUUGAUCCAUUUUCCAUGAGGCCUCCAAGUGGACAUGGCUUAGGAGUACCUGGAAGAUUGCCAUCAGGUGCGAUACCACCCGGUGCAAGAUUCAAUCCCUUUGGUCCACCUGAACUGGAUCCAUAUCGCAGGCCACACCGUAGACCCGACGACGACCAUUUACCUCCUCCAGGAUAUGACGACAUGUUUCAGUGAUAUGUUAAAAAAAAUAAACUUGACAAAAAUGAAAAUAAAUACAAGUACAUACGAUUUCUAGAUACUAAAUGACAGUAUGAUAUGCUCCUUCCGUGCUACACACACACACGCACGCACGCACGCACACAUAUAAUGAAAUUAUUUUAUAAAAACGUCGUUCAUAAAAUAUCACAGUGAUAUUGUAUAUUAUCCGAGAAUACCCACACAGCACGGGGAACUCCCGAGGAGCCACAGACUUCUAUAAUAUACUAGACUGCUAACCUUGAUUCCCUAGGCGUACCAGUAUAUAAUGUACAUGUUGUACAUGACUAAAUAACCGAUCGGAAUGUGUCAUCUGCUAUGUAUGUACAUUGUUCGUCAAGUGGAAUGUAUAUGUACAUAUAUAUAUGCCAAUAAAUGUCACAUAUAGUUGCUACGAGU